GUUUCUGUUCCUCCCCUAGACAAGCGGCACCACCCAAACCCGCGGAACUCCGCAAACCCACGGAGACACAAAAAUUCCCAGAAAUACAUACAGAAUCCCACCGAAAAUUAGUGGAAAAAGAAAAUUAUCCGUUUUCCCGUACCUUUCGUUCCUCUUCCUCCUGAAUCCUAAACCUACCAACGCGGCUCUGAAUCUCCCCUACAGUCUACCACCGUGCCGUACAGCUGCCGCCGUGCCGUAACUUCACCGCCGACGCCAGGAUCCCGCCCCAGCCCACCUCACCCCUACAAACACCCUCGCCUCCUGCGGUCGCUCCUCUCACGCGCGCCGCAGCCGCCGUCGCCGUUCUCGUUCACACUGACAUUUCUGGGGGUGCCGGUGCACACCCGGCACACCACCUAGAUCCGCCCCUGGCUGCUGCAGUCGCCGCCACGGGCUGCUCUGCAGGUGGGUAGAUGGUGAGGGGCGCCACCUGGCAUGGACCAAGGUGAACCCUCGUUGAAGCCAGAAUGGCUGUUGCGGGGGCCUGGGACAGUGGCCGCCACGAACCUCCGGCCUACAACUUCGCCCCGUGUUGAUGAUCAAGUCAGGGGUGCUUCAUCAAGAAACCGAUCAUCCGGCCGUGACCGUGAACAGAGUUCACAACAAUCCUCGUCACGUAGGAAUUCUGGCUCACAUGGGUCCAAACGGCAUGAUGGAGAUGGCGCAGCAAAGUCAAAAGGCUAUGCCAGUUUUGGAAGGAGUAACUCAGACAGAAGUCGAGAAAAGGUCUCUGAUAUCCGUGAUAGGGAGAGUAAAUUGGGUACGCCAGAUGACCCCUUACGUGAUGGCUUCAAGUCAUUUAGCUCAUGCAGACCUGAAAGAGAUAGGCUUAAUCGAACUCAUUCGAAAUUGGACACAUUGAAUCCGGCGGUAGGAGUAAGUUUAGACAGUGAUAAUCUGUCUAGAAAGGAUGCUGGGUUUGAGCAAAAAUUCCCACAGCUUGGUUAUGAAGACAAGAAUGGAAAGCAAGAUAUCAGCAGAGUUCCAUCUCCUGGAAUUAGCACUCCCAUGCAGAGCAUACCAUUGGUUUGUGCGCCUGAUGGCUGGAAUUCAGUGCUAGCUGAGGCUCCUAUACUUACUGAACCAAGCAAUAACCAUGUUUCCUCCUCUUUAUCAUCCGAUGGUUCUUGUCUGACUACAUUAAGCAUGGCUGAAACAGUGAUACAAGCGCCAUUGAAAAUUUCCACUACACCCCAGUUAUCUGUUGAUGCUCAGAAGAUCGAAGAACGGUCUAUGAGGCAGUGUAUUCUGAGACCUUUGACACCUUCAUCAAAUAAAAAUUCUGUACUAAGUUCUUCGGAUAAAUUAAAAGCCAAAGGUACAAGAGCCGGAGAUUCUAAUGGUCUGAUCAAGGCUGCACCACAACUGUCAAUACAUUCUUCUAGCAGCUCUGUUCGUACUCCAGUCAAAACUGAGCUGAUGAAGCCAUCUCAAUCCGGAAGCUUUCAAGUCCUGACCCGUGAACAGAAUGGUGCUGUAAACACCACCAAAGACUGCAGAACUAACCCUGUGAGCCCUGUUUUAGGUCGAUCUUCUUCUGUGGAACCACUGAAAAAGCCUAUUGUGAACCAAAAGCUUAAGGGUGUCACGAAUGGUCUCCCUUUGCAUCUGCUACAAGGCCCAUCGGGUGAGAAAAAAAUGAUUAAAAAAGAAAGGCUUAAAUUCUUUCAGUUGCUGCGGAGCAAGUCUCUAAAUGGUUCAGGCACAUCUACCUUGAUUGAUGAGCAGCAGAACUCUUGUCUUAGUUUGUCCUUGUUUAGUUCUGGAAUGAAGUCUACCAAAAAUGGCGAUAGUUUCUGUGAGGAUACACAUUCUUGUGGGGGAUCUCAGCGACAUCUCACUGAUGGUGAGGAAACCAUGCCACCUUCGGAACGUCCUGAUGUUUCUGAAGAGGGUUCACCCGAACAGGGUAUUCUGGCUGACAACAGGGAUGCCAACUCUUCAUCAGAACAUGCUGAGACAGAAGCUGUAGCAUCUAAGAAGCCCCAGACAGACAAUGGUGCAGCCACUUUAUCUACGGUACCCGCAGAUAUAAAUGACGAUUCCCCAAGAUCCAACUCUGACAAUGAUGAUGCCAAUCUGUUGUUUGACCCUAGUAGAGCAGGUGAAGCAGAAUCUUAUCCUGCUCAUGACAAACCUAGUCCUGAAGAAAUGGCUUUCCUGUUAUCUCUUGGUUGGAAUGAGCAUGAGGUUGUUCCACCUCUGCAACAGGAAGAGAUUGCUGAUUGUUUAAGGCGCAACGAGAGGCUGCAGCAGAAGUUUCAGGAAUGUAGGGGCUAAUCAUCCAAUUAACCGAGCAACAUUAAUGGAAUCGUCACUAGGCAGGGAACAUGGGGAGUGAAGCCGUGUCAUGAUUCAUCAAUCAUGACUGGUUAUGGUUACUACCUCAGCUUUCAGCGGCUACUUUUUUCAAAAGUAGCCAACAAAAGCCGACAUAUUUUUUUCCGUCCCGUUAAUGCUUCAGCCUUAUGGGGGAGGUUUCAUCGGUAUAACUGACAUUGCUCCCUGCUGAUUGCUGAAGAGGAGUUUAGGGUUUUCUUCCUCGUUUUGGCAGAAGGAAAUCUCAAACGAAAGUCUGCCUGCUGCCAGAGGCACAUAGGUGUGCGUUGCUCCGAAAGAAUAGGACGUCUUCUGUUUUUUCCCAGUUCUCAUGGAUUGUCCUUGUUUCAGAAAGAAAGAGAAAAGAAAAGAGAAAAUGCAUAGAUAUUGAUCUCAAAUUUUGCUUUAUUUUUUCUUUA